GAGUGGAAAGGAAUAUGACCAAUAAAAAUGGCCACCUUAGGAAGUAGAGUCCUCUCUCUCAGCACCCUCUCUUCUACUGCAGCCUCCUAUGCGCCUAAAACCGCAGAUAAGGCCCCCUUCGGAGCAUCUAAUAAGUGUUCAUGGAAUGUGAAAUCUGGACAUUUGCUGCGAUGUUCUCGGGUUGUGGCACGAGCCCAAGCUCGACCCACUUGGCUCCCUGGGCUAGACCCUCCACCCUAUCUCGAUGGAACUUUGGCAGGUGAUUUUGGGUUUGACCCGCUCGGGCUUGGUGAGGACCCCGAGAGCUUGAGAUGGUAUGUUCAGGCAGAACUGGUCCAUUCCCGCUUCGCGAUGGCCGGUGUUGCUGGAAUUCUUUUCACUGAUUUACUUCGGGUAACAGGAGCAAGUGACCUACCAGUGUGGUACGAAGCGGGUGCAGUUAAGUAUGAAUUUGCCAACACUGAGACCUUGUUCAUUGUCCAGCUACUCUUGAUGGGCUAUGCUGAGACGAGAAGAUAUAUGGACUACAAGAGCCCCGGGUCUCAAGCCCAAGAGGGAUCCUUUUUCGGGUUGGAAGCUGCACUGGAAGGUUUGGAGCCUGGGUAUCCUGGAGGUCCCCUGUUAAACCCGCUCGGCCUUGCUAAGGAUAUCAAGAAUGCCCAUGAUUGGAAGCUCAAAGAAAUCAAGAACGGGAGACUGGCGAUGGUGGCAAUGCUGGGGAUAUUCGUGCAAGCCAAUGUUACUCAUGUCGGACCCAUCAACAACUUGGUGGAUCACCUCUCCGACCCAUGGCACAGAACCAUCAUUCAGACCCUUGCCAGUUCCUCUUAAAAUUCUGUUCUUUAUGAUCACAAGAUCUUCAUUGUAGAAAAGCUUCAACCAAAACAACUGUUUCAUUCAUUUUCCGACUCCACGUACGACCUGAAAAUCCUUGGUGCUAUACGCUCGAUUUUAUUAGUGGCAUAGGAAUUCGAAUCUUCAGGCAA